CGGCGCGCGUUCACGAGACGACACAAGUUGCUGGCGCGUGAACGAAUAAAUUGUGGUAGUUGCGGUUCAAACGUACAACGGCUGCUUGCACAUUUCCCGGAUACAGAGUCCAGGGAAGCCCCCCGCCCCCCUCCGAGCUGGUAGUGGUCUCCCUUGUUUUUGGAAGGAGAUUUUUUUUCAAACACCCAGAAGUUGUCAAGUUGGCUAACUCUCUUAGCUGACUGGCUAGGUAGCUGGCUAGGUAGCUAAGCGGCACUCAGUAGCCGGAGCAGCUGUUAACGCACCGCCGCCGCCGCCGCCUCCCCCCUCAAAUGGAGAACUACCCCGCCACCGAUGAACUGGAGAUCCCCCGGUGAGUCGAACGGCGGCGGUUUUACCAUUGAAAGACAACCGUCUGCCUUGCAAUUUGUCUAAACCGCUCGCUACCCUUGCGAUCCAAUGUCACGGUGUCGUGUACCGACACCACCAGUGGUUCCGCCGCCGUCUCCCCGCGCACACGCCUUCCCUGCUAGCCGCGCGGCACCUCCGAGCACCCGGCUGCGGAUGAUCGAGAAGCAGCGGCAGCAGAAACACCUCGCGCGGAUGUUCCUAACCAGGAAAUCGGAUUAAAUCCGAACCAGGAGGUUUUUUUCGGAACUGAGUGAGUGUGUGUGCGUCCAUGGCGGAGUUCGAGGAGGACGGCGUCAGCCUCUUGGAUCACGCGGGGGCCGAGGUGGGCGUGCAAGCGGCUGUGAAGAUGCCCGGCGAGGGCUCGGUGUCGAACGGCGACUGUGGCAUGUGUGAAGACAACAUGGUCGACCAAGGUAGUGACAGCGUGGAAGCCUCCGUCGAGCCCGACAACAAGGCAGACAUGCCCCGUAGGAGCAGUAUCAUCAAGGAUUCGUCGAGACAGCGUAAGGAGAGGAAGAAGACGGUGUCGUUCAGCAGCAUGCCCACCGAGAAGAAGAUGAGCAGCGCCAGCGACUGCAUCACCGCCAUGGUGGAAGGCUCCGAGCUGAAGAAGGUGCGCUCCAACUCGCGCGUCUACCACCGCUACUUCCUUCUGGACGCCGACAUGCAGUCCCUACGUUGGGAGCCCUCCAAGAAGGAGUCGGACAAGGCCAAAAUCGACGUCAAGUCCAUCAAGGAGGUUCGCACGGGGAAGAACACGGACACUUUUCGAACCAACGGGACUUACGACCAGAUCUCGGAGGACUGCGCCUUCUCGGUUAUCUUUGGCGAGAACUACGAGUCGCUGGACUUGGUGGCCAAUACCGCCGACGUAGCCAACACCUGGAUUACCGGCUUGAGGUAUCUGAUCUCCUACGGGAAGCAUACGCUGAACAUGAUCGAGAGCACUCAGAAUAACAUGCGUUCGUCGUGGCUGGGUGAACUUUUCAGCGAAGCGCGCGGCGACAACAGUCAACAAAUAACCAUUUGCGCUGCUGUGCAGCUGGUCAAAAAGUUGAACCCGGGACUUAAAAAUGUGAAAAUCGAGCUCAAGUUCAAAGAGCUCCACAAAGUCAAGGACAAGGCGGGCUCUCAGGUGACGAGAGACGAGUUCAUCGAGGUCUUCCACGACCUCUGCACCAGGCCGGAAAUCUAUUUCCUCUUUGUCCAGUUCUCCAGCAACAAGGAGUUUUUGGACACCAAGGAUUUGAUGAUUUUCCUGGAGGCGGAGCAAGGCAUGGCGCAAGUCAGCGAGGACACCAGCGCCGAGGUCAUCCAGAAGUACGAGCCAUCCAAAGAGGGUCGGCUCAGAGGCUGGCUCUCUCUGGACGGCUUCACUAACUACCUUCUGUCGCCCGAGUGCCACAUAUUCGACCCGGAGCACAAAACGGUGUGCCAAGACAUGAAGCAGCCCUUGUCCCACUACUACAUCAACGCAUCUCACAACACGUACCUGAUAGAAGAUCAGUUCAGGGGUCCUUCAGACGUGACGGGUUACAUCCGCGCACUGAAAAUGGGCUGUCGCAGCGUGGAGUUGGACGUCUGGGACGGACCCGAGAACGAGCCGGUCAUAUACACGGGUCACACCAUGACCUCUCAGAUUGUGUUUCGCAGCGUCAUCGACGUGGUCAACAAGUACGCCUUUGUGGCGUCGGAGUUCCCGCUGAUCCUGUGUUUGGAGAACCACUGCUCUUUGAUGCAGCAGAAGGUCAUGUUUCAGCACCUGAAGAAGAUCCUGGGGGAUAAGCUCAGCCUGGAUCCCCCCAAACCCGACGACUGCUACCUCCCGUCCCCCGCCGAUCUGAAGGGGAAGAUCUUGCUGAAGGGCAAGAAACUCGGAACUAACUGCACCGCCAACGAGGGCGAGGUGACGGACGAGGACGAGGGCGCCGAGAUGUCGCAGAGAAUGAGCAUCGACUCGCCGGAACAACAGACGGCCGCGCCUAAGAAGUUCCAGCUCUCAAAGGACCUUUCCGACCUGGUCACCUUGUGCAAGUCGGUGGAGUUCAAGGACUUCCCGACGUCCUUCCAAGGCCAGAAGCAUUGGGAGCUCUGCUCCUUCAACGAGGUCUUCGCCGGCCGCUGCGCCAGCGACUUUCCCGGGGACUUUGUCAACUACAACAAGAAGUUCCUGGCCCGGGUUUACCCGAGUCCCAUGCGGAUCGACUCCAGCAACAUGAACCCGCAGGACUUCUGGAAGUGCGGUUGCCAGAUCGUGGCGAUGAACUACCAGACUCCGGGUCUGAUGAUGGACCUGAACAUCGGCUGGUUCCGCCAGAACGGGAACUGCGGCUACGUCCUGCGGCCGUCCAUUAUGCGCGAGCAGGUGUCCUAUUUCAGUGCCAACACAAAAGAUUCCGUGCCUGGCGUAUCGCCGCAACUCUUGCACAUUAAGAUCAUCAGCGGGCAGAACUUUCCCAAACCCAAAGGCUCGGGCGCCAAAGGGGACGUGGUGGACCCGUACGUCUACGUGGAGAUCCACGGCAUCCCCGCCGACUGCGCCGAGCAAAGGACUAAGACGGUCAACCAGAACGGGGACAACCCGCUCUUCGACGAGAGCUUCGAGUUUCAAAUCAACCUGCCCGAACUGGCCAUGGUUCGCUUCGUGGUGCUGGACGACGACUACAUCGGCGACGAGUUCAUCGGCCAGUACACCAUCCCUUUCGAGUGCCUGCAAGCGGGUUUCCGCCACAUCCCGCUGCAGUCGCUGACGGGCGAGGUCUUGCCGCACACCUUGCUCUUCGUCCACGUGGCCAUCACCAACCGGAGGGGAGGCGGCAAGCCCCACAAGAGAGGCCUGUCGGUGCGCAAGGCCAAGAAGAACCGGGAGUACGCCAGCAUGAGGGUGCUGCUCGUCAAGGCGCUGGACGACGUCUUCAAGACGGCCACUCCGCCGCUGAGGGAGGCCACGGACCUCCGAGAAAACAUGCAGAACGCCGUGGUGUCCUUUAAAGAACUGUGCGGCCUUUCGGCGGUGGCUAAUCUCAAGCAGUGCAUCCUGGCGCUGUCCCCGCGACUUAGCGCGCAGGACAGCGGACCCCUUCUACUCUUCAACCUGGCUGACCACUAUCCAGUCAUGGAGCCUCAAGGUUUACUGCCAGAGGUCCUCAAAAAGGUGGUCACCACUUAUGACCUGGUGAUCCAGACCAGCAAGACUCUUCUGGAGAACUCUGACGGGGUCUACGAACGGAUCCUCCAAACCCAAAAAGCCGCUAUGCAGUUCCACCAGAACCUCCGUGACUUGGCGGUGAAGGAAGGUCUGAAGGGUCGCAAGCUUCAUAAGGCCGUGGAGAGCUUCACGUGGAACAUUACCAUCCUCAAGGGCCAGGCGGACCUCCUAAAACACGCCCGCGGCGAAGUGCAGGAGAACCUGAAGCAGAUUCAUUACGCCGCACUGACGUGCGACCUUGGCAAAGGACGACCGGCGAGCGGCUCGUCCGACUCCAAAAGUAGCCGGCGCAGUAUGGAGGCCAUUCCCGAGAAGGCCACGGCCGAGGCGGAGCUCACAGACGACGACGAUGACCAAGACGACAUUUGACGUCCAUCUCGCAUUCCACCAAAGAUUUUCACCUACCAGACGUAGCCGCUGAAUAAUCUUCAGGUAUUUGUCCUGAGGAAAGCGACACUUAAAUUCCAUAAGAAAACGCUCGGCCUGCGUUAACGACGUCAUCGGGCCUGUACGGUAGUAUCCUGAAGUUUGACCACCAACCUCAGGAAAAACUAACAGGAGGCUAGCCAGUUUGCGGUUAACCAGUUUGCGGCUAGCUUAAGAAGCUAACACAGCAGUUGCUGGGCGGAGUGGGCGGGGAUAAAACCGAUGAAGUCUUGCGGAAUUUUCCUCACUGGAUUUUAGCAUUUAGAAUUCUGCAGAGAUAUUAGCAGAAGACUUGUGGGAUUUUAGCUUCACGUAAUUUAGUGGGAGUCUCGUGUGAUUUGCCACAUGGUACUUUGGCAAAAAUCUCUCAAGGUUUUUGUAAAAGUCUCACGUGGUUUUGCAGAAAUCCCAUCUGAUUUUUACGUCUUAUGAGUUUUACGAGAUUUUCUGAAAGUUUCGUCUUUUGACUUGAGGUGCAAUGUCUAUUCCAAUUUUUGAUCAUGGGCCAAAAAGAAUUACCUGAAAUGUCUGGAGUAGCUCCAAAAUGUUACGACUUUUCAGGUCGAUGGACCAUCAAGGUUACGCCGUACACGAUGAUCGUAAAAACAUUGUACUUGCCUAAACUCCCCCGUUUCUCCCGCACAAGAUUCGCAAAGUUUAUGAAUUUUAUUGCAUUGGUGCCUGGUGAAGUUCUUUGCGUUCUGGACACACACACACACACGCGCGCGCACACACGUAUUCCGAGAUAUUCCUUAAAGCACAAUAGUGAAUGUGAUGGGAAGAAAUGUUUACAUUCCUGAACUUGUUGCGUGCCAAGCAAACCUGAUGUGUAUAUAUGGAGAUACCUGUUACUCCCCCCCACCCCCUUUUACUACUACCUGGGUU